AUGGCAAGACAGAAUGAUUCCACAGUAACUGAGUUUGUCCUUGAGGGACUGACAGACAAACCAGAACUCCAGUUGCCUCUCUUCCUCCUAUUCCUAGGGCUCUAUGGGGUCACUGUAGUGGGAAACCUGGGUAUGAUACUGCUUAUCACUUUCAAUUCCAAGCUCCAGUCACCCAUGUACUUCUUUCUCGGUAAUUUGUCAUUUCUAGAUCUGUUUUACUCCUCAGUUGUUACCCCCAAACUCCUGGAAAACUUUUUAUGGGAGAAAAAUGUUAUUUCCUACCCUGGAUGUAUGACUCAGCUCUUUUUCUUUUGUGUUUUUGCUAUUGCUGAGUGCUAUAUGCUGACUGCCAUGGCAUAUGACAGAUACGUAGCUAUCUGCAGCCCACUGUUCUACAAUGUCAUCAUGUCCCAAAAGGUCUGCAAUGUGUUGGUGAGUGGAGUCUUUAUCAUGGCAUCUUUUGGAGCAAUGAUUCACACCAUCUUCAUGACCAGGCUUUCCUUCUGUAAGGACAAUGUUAUCCGCCAUUACUUCUGUGAUAUACUUCCUCUACUAAAGCUCUCAUGCUCCAGUACCUACAUCAAUGAGCUUCUGGUGAUAACUGGAGGUGGAUUCAAUAUGUUAGUAACAACUGUGGCCAUCAUCAUCUCUUAUGCCAUCAUACUCUCCAACAUUCUUCGAAUACCCUCAUCUGAGAGCAGGUCCAAAGCGUUUAGUACCUGUGGCUCUCAUCUUACAGUUGUUGGCGUUUUAUAUGGAUCCAUGAUAUUCAUGUAUUUAAAGCCAGCAUCCAGCAGUAACAUGGCUCAAGAGAAGGUGGCCUCUGUGUUCUACACCACAGUGAUCCCCAUGCUGAACCCUUUGAUCUACAGUUUGAGGAAUAAGGAUGUAAAGAAUGUGCUUAUCAAAGCCAUUGGUAUGAGAUAG